AUGCCGAACGUGAAGCUGAGUAUGCGAUUAGAAUCAAGAAACUGGAGUAAAGUAGCAAAAAAGAAUAUAAACCUUAAAGCUGAAGUAACAAAAUUAAGAAAUGAUAUCGAGGAAUUAGGCACAAAAUGCCCUGCUCUGCAGAAAAGAAAGAUCAAAUCGUUAAUAAUACUCAGGACGUACCUUCUACAGAAGAACGUAUCUGAUAUAACCAAAAACACUUUAAAUUCUAACGAUACUCAUCAGGAGUCUAACAUAUAUAACUUUGAUAUAUACCAGGAUUCGGAAUCCCUCACAUAUAUUCAUACAGAAUCCAAAUCAUUGGAAGAAAAGGAAGAAUAUGAAAUCAUGGAUUCAAUGUAUAAGGAACGGCUUCGUCGCCAGAGACCGGCCGACACGAAGCUAUGGCUUCUCCUAAGUAUCCAAAGACACAAGGGAAGUUCUCACCGCCAGAGACCGGCCGCCAUGAGAAACUUCAGCAAAAUCAAUAAAUCAACUGUCACCGCCAGAGACUGGCCGACGCGAACAUAUCCAAAGACACAAGGGAAGUUCUCACCGCCAGAGACUGGCCGACAUGAGAAACUUCAGCAUAGUUACAUUACCCAAAUUACCCAGAAGUACAAGCAAUGA